AUGAAUCCUGAGGUACACAAUAAUAAUAAUAAUUUUCGGCAUAACAGUAUUUGUGCAUCCCGAAUAUAUUUUCUCUUUUUUGGUAACAAGUCUGUGUUUUUAACAGUUAAACUGAAUUGUUCUCACCUGAAUAUAAGGUGGUGGAAGGCCAGCGAUUCAUUUUUUGUGCGCACAAGUAAACAUACUAUACCGAAAUCAACUAACAACCAGUCGAUUUCAAAGAGUAGAAAGACAAGAUCACUGCUGAAAUACUGGAAUAGUUUCGAUCCUGCACGAAUUCAUUUUGGCACACGCGAUUUUCAUUCGCGUAAUGAACAGCAGCAACGUAUUUUCAGUCCUAUGGCUAGUCUGUGGAAAGCCAUGCAAAAUCAAAGUCAAGUAAUGGUUAUGACUCGUGGUUUAAAAGAACCUCGUGCUUCGCUGAUUGGCAAUUUAGUUGCUUUUGAUCGUUAUUGGAAUUUAAUUCUAGAAAAUGUGAUUGAAUAUUCUGUCAAUCUUCCGAAGUCAGCUUUGAAAGGUUAUGGAAAACCUGGACGAAGUAAAAAGCGACGGGAACAACGUUUACGAACAAUGCAACGAAAUAACCAAACUUUAUUUCAGUCAAAACAAUGUCCAUCCAUUCAAACUCUUGAUCAACUGAAUCAUGAUAAACCAUUAGAAAUUGGACAAUUAUUUCCUUAUCAAUAUGAUGAUUAUGAUCCAGAUGAGAUUAUUGGACGAGAUACAAACAACGAAGAAAUCAAUAAACUGAAACCUUUUCAUCUACUUGGUAAAUCUCCUUUAUCUGACGACAUAAAUGAUGGUGAUGAUAAUCAAUCUAUCUUAAAAUGUAAUCAGAUUAAUAAAAGUGUUUUAGCAAAUGUUCAUAAUCAUUCAAAAGAGAAUACUAGUAAUUAUUAUCAUGACAAAUCAUCGAAUUGGACAGCAUCCAUGGUUCAUUUGAAUGAACGAAAUAUGUCCGAAUUGUCAGAUAUCUCACUUUGGUAUAGUCUACAAACUAACCGAAAACAUCCUUUAACUGAAAAACAACAUAAUGUUCGAGAUAAUAAAGUUUGCAGUGACGAUGGUGAACAACAAUUAUUUAUUCGUGGUGCUAAUGUUAUUUUAGUACGAAUUAUUUCAGACAAACAGUAA